GUUCUUUUCUCUUUUUCUCUUUCUUUUUCUCAUCUCAUACCAAAGUCUUUUUAUCUUCUAUGGCGUUUGAUCAACCUUCUCAAUCAACAACGCAUAGACCAGCUGAACAAAGCAAUGAGGUGUCGUUGCCACGUAUUGCUUCGGAAGAAUGGGAAUACAACAGAUACAACCCCGGAUCCAUAGCCAACAGAGCUUAUCCCCCUCCCCCUCCUCCUAAUACUUCUUAUCCACCACAAGUACCUCAUGAGAAUUACGCUACAGUUUAUCCUCCUCCCCCUCCUUCUUGGGAACAGACUCGUCAAUAUUCACCACCCAAUAGAGAGUAUCCACCUACUUAUCCACCUCCACCACCACCUUCUUUGUAUGAUCCAAUUCGUAAUAGUAGUUAUAUAAAUCCACCUCCACCUGAAUCACUUAUUCCCCCACAACAGGGACGUAACCAAGCAGUCAUUUCACCUGUUAUGUCAAUAUCUCAAUUGCUUUCAUCAGAAAAUCCAGUCUAUUCUCCUAUUACUGAGCCUUUGAGCCAUCCUUAUGAUCCUAUUGAGCGACGCAAUCCAGGUAUUCAAAACCUACUUAACAAAGAUCAAGAAGAACGAUAUCAAAUGGCAGAUUCCGAUACUGAUACUGAAGAUAUCCCAUUAAGCAAAGCACCCAAAAUGGAGAACGAUGCACCUUUUGUUCAAAAUAAGAAUAAAAUCAUUCGCCCUCAUAGUGAAUUGAGUGAUUCUUUUAGUGAACAGAGUGAUACAGAAGAAAGACCUCAGCCAGUCAAGACACUGGCUCAACGUACUCGUGAAGAAUUUGCAUUUUCUGAUGGUGAAGACGAUGAUGAUGAAGUAUUGCUUACUUAUCGUGAAGAAAUGAUUCAAUUCAUGGUCGAAGUACACAAAAGAAAAAAGCGCAUCCUUGAAGAACACGAAAAGAAGGAAGCUUCAAGACAUACUAGGAUUAAAGAACGCCUUGAGCAGCUGUAUGAGAAGCGCUAUGGCACACCUAUGCCUAAGCCUAGUAGUCACAAAAAGAAAUCAUCAAAGCAAAUCAAACGCAUUAAACUUAGUCAUAUGCUCAGUGAUGGUGAAUCCACCGAUACUGAGUUGCAGGAUAACAGAACAGGACGCAAGAUAGAAGAUGAACGUCGUAAGAUCUGGUUGACUAUUGCACGUAAAGAUAUUCCUAGAAUGACCCGUAUCUUGUCUCGAGUUCAAGCAACUCGAUCUGGUAACUGCAAGAAAGUGGCCCAAUACUGUCAAAAAGAACUGCGUCGUGCUGCUACCAAUGGUGGUCGUGCUAAUCGUGAUAUGCAAAAUAAAGCCAAGCGUGUCAACAAGGAAAUGUUGUUGUUCUGGAAGAAGAAUGAAAAGGAAGAACGAGAAUUACGCAAGAAAGCAGAAAAAGAAGCAUUGGAUCGUUUGAAGCAAGAGGAAGAAAGAAGAGAAGCUCAAAGACAAGCACGUAAACUCAACUUUUUGAUUACGCAGACAGAACUUUACAGUCACUUUAUUGGCAGAAAGAUCAAGCAGGAUACAGAAGAAGACGAUGAGACUGCCCAGCCUGCUCCUUCUGGUCUAUCUACACCCUUGGCUCCUAUUGCAGUGGGUGAUGAACUGGACGAUACUGCUGGUAUUACACAUGUGGGUGAUGUUGAUUUUGACGAAGAAGAUGAAGCCAUAUUGAAAGAAAAGGCAAGAUUAAGUGCACAGAAUGCUUUAGCUAAGCAGCGUGAACAAACAAGAGAGUUUGAUCAAGGUGCUCGUGAGAGACGCUUGGCAGCUGGUGACGAUGUAAAUCUCAAUCAAAUGGACUUUGACAACAUGAAUUUUCAAGAACCAUCCAGUAUGGGCUCAGGUCCUGAAGUCACACAGCCUACAAUGCUUAUGUGUCAACUUAAGAGUUAUCAACUCAAAGGUCUCAAUUGGCUUGCUAAUCUUUAUGAACAAGGUAUCAAUGGUAUUCUUGCAGAUGAAAUGGGUCUCGGAAAGACUGUUCAAUCUAUUUCUCUUUUAGCUUAUUUGGCAGAAGUACAUAAUAUUUGGGGUCCAUUCUUAGUCAUUGCACCCGCUUCAACACUUCAUAAUUGGCAGCAAGAAUUCGCUAAAUUUGUGCCUCAAUUUAGAGCUCUUCCUUACUGGGGUAACCCUAAGGACAGAAAAGUGUUGCGUCAAUUCUGGAACAGAAAGCAACUCUAUGGCAAAGAUGCACCCUUCCAUAUUGUGAUUACCAGUUAUCAACUUGUUCUCACAGACGUUACUUAUUUCCAGCGUGUGAAAUGGCAAUACAUGAUUCUUGAUGAAGCUCAGGCUAUCAAGAGCUCUUCCAGUGCUCGUUGGAAACAAUUGCUUGGUUUCCAUUGUCGUAAUCGCUUAUUGUUGACGGGUACACCUAUUCAGAACAGUAUGCAAGAAUUAUGGGCCUUGCUUCACUUUAUCAUGCCAACCUUGUUUGAUUCACAUGAAGAAUUCAGUGAAUGGUUUUCAAAGGACAUUGAAAGCCACGCAGAAAAUAGAGGUUCAUUGAACCAACACCAGUUGAGGCGUCUACACAUGAUUUUGAAGCCUUUUAUGUUGCGCCGUAUCAAGCGUAAUGUUCAGCAUGAACUGGGUGAAAAGAUUGAAGUCGAGAUCUAUUGUGAAUUGACAGCAAGACAAAAGGCAUUAUACCGAGGACUGAAAGAAAAGAUUUCGAUUUCCGAACUAUUGGAAAAGGCAACUUCAUUAGGUGAAAUUGAAAACAUGGAUAGUUUGAUGAACUUGGUUAUGCAGUUUAGAAAAGUGUGUAAUCACCCUGAACUAUUUGAACGUGCUGAUGUCGAAUCACCUUUGUCGUUUUGUCAUUUCAGCGAGACAGGCUCUCUUUCUAAAGAAACAUCACUUUAUUGUCCUUAUUCUGCAACCAGUCAUAUCAAAUAUCAUAUCCCCAAGAAGUUCUACAGAAAUGGUGGUUUCCUCAAAGUGGUAAGUCCAGAUACAAAUGCUGGAUUCAAGGCGAAAUAUGUCGAUAAUAUGUUGAGCAUAUGGAAUACAAGCCAUAUUUAUGAUUCUGAAUUCUCAAAUGCUGGAUUUUCAUUCUUGCGAUUUGUGGACACUUCACCUUCUGAAGCCAGCUAUCUUUUCAAAGCAACACUUGUAGAGAAAUGGAUAGACUAUUUAGCUAAAAGAGAUCAGCGGUCCAGAAGAAGAAUGUAUCCUUCAUCAAACACAUCUAGCUUGUUCCUUAUCAAAGAGGCUACACAGCUAAUUGAUCCUUUAUUGAUCACACCAGAUUCUGCUUUAGAUGAACUCACCCAUAUAUCAGAUACUUUUGUUCGAGCCAUACGCUUAUUUGGACAAUGUUACAUGCCAGCAGUGAAAGCCGUUCCUGUUGAUAUUAUAUGUGAUGAUAUCUCAUUUAUUCGUGAAAAACAAGACUAUAUGUUUGAUAUCAACACAAGAUCAUGUCUUUUUGGCACACCAGAAUAUGUGACAAAGACAAAGCCCGAAGAAGCCUCUAACCUGUCUGUUGUUGUACGAAAACAAGAAAGAGGUAUCAUGACUGUGCCAUCCAACGGCUAUGGUUUCUCUUGGAUGAAGGUUCCAUCCAUGAAGGAUUUGAUUUUGGAUUCUGGCAAAUUAGCUACCAUGGACAAACUAUUAGAAAGACUCAAGUCAGAGGGUCACCGUUGCCUGGUCUAUUUCCAAAUGACACGUAUGAUCGACUUGUUUGAAGAGUACAUUGGUUAUAAACAAUACCGCUAUCUUCGACUUGAUGGUUCGUCCAAGAUCUCUGAUCGUCGUGAUAUGGUUCAAGAUUGGCAAACACGUCCUGAAAUCUUUAUCUUCUUGCUUAGUACUCGUGCAGGUGGUUUAGGUAUCAAUUUGACAGCAGCCGAUACGGUCAUCUUUUAUGAUAGUGAUUGGAACCCUACUGUGGAUCAACAAGCCAUGGAUCGUGCACAUCGUCUAGGUCAAACCAAACAAGUGACUGUCUACCGUUUGAUUACCAAGGGCACCAUUGAAGAAAGAAUCCUUCAAAGAGCUAAACAAAAGGACGAGAUUCAAAAGGUGGUCAUUUCAGGUGGAGAAUUUAGACAAGUGGACUUUAAACCCAGAGAAAUUGUAUCACUUCUUUUGGAUGAUGAAGGUAAAUUCAUGCUUUAUCUGAUCAAACUUAUUGACAUGUUCUAGAAUUGGACGAUAAACUGCAAUUACAGCUGAAACGUAAAGCAGAAGAAGAGGAACAACAAAAGAAAUCAAGGCCGACAAAGCGAUCCCGAAAGCAAGCAUUGGCAGCGGAAGGUUCAAAAGAAUCUACACCAGCCCUGAGCCCAUCCAAUGUGGAUCGACUCUUUAGUGCAGGAGAAGAUACAUUUAAUACAGAAGAAGAUACAAGCAAUAGUUCAUCACCAGCUAAAAAGACAAAGGGUACACGCAUUGGACGACCGAGAACCAAUUUUUCUUUUACUGGUUAAAAUUGAUUUUUCAUAAAAAAAAUAAAUAAUGUUAUACAGCUAAACAGAAAAAAUACUGGAUGUCUUUUCAUGAUUUUUGGAAUCAAAUGCUUUCCAUCCAUGAACAAGAUUCCCAAAGCAUAAUACUGUAAACCGUGUAGAAUAAAAGCUUAGGUUGUUUAUUUAGCAAAA